GAAAGAAAUGAAAGAGGGAGAUAGAGAGAGAAAAGGAAAGAAAACGAGAAAGAGAGUGAGAGACAAAGAGAGAAAAGGGAGAGAGAGAAAAUGGAAUUUCUCUAUUUCACAUGUCCUCACUUUCUUCAUUACAGAUUCACCAACGAGAUGAAGGGGGACGAACUCUUUUAAUAUUUGCCUGUCGAGUGGGCGCCGAUAGAAGAAUACUCGAAAUACUGAUAGAUGCCGACGUAGAGGUGGGAGCAAAAGACGGAACAGGUUGGACAGCUUUAGAUUAUGCUGUGAGGAAUGAUCGACAUCAUGCUGUGAAGAUCUUACUAUCACGGGGCAGUGAGGUUAAUGCACGGGCUAAUGAUGGUCAAACACCGCUGCACCGGGCCUGUUGUGAGGGUUACACACACACAGUCGAGCUGUUGUUGGGUCACAAUGGCAUUGAUGCCAAUGUCGUGAACAACGAUGGAGACACACCAUUGCAUGUGGCAGUUCGGGGCCAACGCAAUGGUGUUGUGUCUCUAUUACUGAACCAGGGUUCAGUUCAGUUCGAUAUUAAGAACAAAAAGGAAAUGACACCAUUGCUUGAAGCCGUUUCCCUGGGUCACCUCGGAAUGACACACAAACUAAUAGCCCUGGGUGCAAACAUAAAUGCUGUUGAUGGUGAAGGUAACAGCUGUUUGCACAUUACCGUGAGAACAGAAGUGUUUAAUUCCGAGGAUGCACCAAUGGAUUUACUAAACGAAUGCUGCACCGCCCUAAUCUGAAAAUGGAGAGAAAGGCUCUCUGGCAUGGUGGUAGCUAGAUAUCUCGCCAGCCAGGGAGCUGACUUUCACCAUAAAAACAACAAAAAUAACACACCAUUGGACCUCAUUAAGGACCCAAAUUUGAGAAAAAAAUUAGAAACAUUUUUACCACCACAGUAAGUAUUUCCUGGCAAUG